AUGCGACGCAACGAAUCACUUGUCCUGAUCGGGUCCAAUGUGGUGUUGGUGCCGUACAAGGAAGAACAUGUCUUAAAGUACCACGAGUGGAUGCAAUCGCCGUUUUUGCAAGAAAUGACGGCUUCAGAACCGCUUACUUUGGAGGAAGAAUAUGAAAUGCAACGUUCUUGGCACGAAGACGAGAAAAAAUGUACAUUUAUCAUCCUUGCAACACCAGAGGAUACCAGCAGCAUUGAUGUCAUCAAAGAAAAAGCAGUGAUGAUCGGGGAUGUCAACAUCUUCUUGAACGAUCCAGAUGAUGAUCCAACGUUUGGAGAAAUUGAAAUCAUGAUCGCCGAGGAGAAGUAUAGACGCGGUGGUCGUGGAUUGGAGGCUCUCAAGAUAAUGAUGGGUUAUGCCUUGAUUGAACUUGGUAUCCGCACUUUUCAUGCAAAGAUUUCCUUAUCCAAUCAGCCAAGCAUUGAUCUUUUCACGAAGAAACUCGGCUUUUAUCCCGUAUCUGAAUCACGUGCAUUCCAAGAAGUUACACUUGAAUGGUCGUUGUGCGCUCCUCCUGCUCAAAUCACAUCGGACAAUGAAGAUGCGUAUGGUGCAAAAGCAACCACGGCACAACGGGAAACAAUCGCUGAUAUUCAAAAGGAGGUGACCAGCCUUUGGAAUAACAAGAUCCAAAAAGCACAAUGGAAAUAG